CUUUGGAGGUGAUGCCAGCCUCAAAUUCCGUCUUCCUCUGGACAAACUGGAUUUAAUGCACUCCAAGAAAGAUGAGGGCAUCCUGCUAAGCGGAUGCCAGGCAGACGAAACGUCCGAGGACGUGAGUGACAGUGAGGGAGGAGGGAAGGCAUGUGGGGCGUUUAGCAAUGCGGUGCAGAAGGUGCUGAAGGAGAAUUCGGGUCCAUUGAGCAACAGGGAAGUUGUGAUGAUGGCCAGGAAGAUUUUACGGGCACAGGGGUUCGAGCAGCACCCUUGCUUGUACUGCAGUGAUGAGAAUGCUGAUGCUCCCUUCUUGUGGCAGCCUGAGUGCUAGCUUGUAUCUAAUUGUGCUUAAGUUGGGAUUCAUUGAUUGUUUCAUUGCCAAAUGAGUAUAGACGCGGUGGAAUAAGUGAAUAAAAUGGGUUGCAAGAG